AGAUUAAGAAGGGGGAGGAGCUUCCGCGGUCUCUGCGCUCAGUCUCUUAGUGAAGAUGGCGGACACAGAAGUAUCGUCAGCGAAGAAGAAGAAGAAGGCGAAGAAAGUCAGUGAAGAAGAAGUCGGGGAGAUCCAACAGAGAGGAGACUUCUUCAUCCAGCCAGAGUCUAAAGUCGCCUCUCUGGACACGUCUCAAUGGCCUCUGUUACUAAAGAAUUUUGAUAAACUGAACAUCCGGACAGCUCAUUACACUCCUCUACCGAGUGGCAGCAACCCUCUGAAGAGAAACAUCCAGGAUUAUGUCAGGUCGGGCUUCAUCAACCUGGACAAACCGGCGAACCCGUCGUCGCACGAGGUCGUGGCGUGGAUCAGGAGGAUCCUGCGGGUGGAGAAGACGGGCCACAGUGGAACGCUAGACCCUAAGGUCACCGGCUGUCUCAUCGUCUGCGUGGAUCGAGCCACACGAUUAGUCAAGUCCCAGCAGAGUGCCGGUAAAGAGUAUGUGGGGAUCGUUCGGCUGCACAGUGCGAUAGAGAGUGAACACACUCUGGCCCGGGCAUUGGAGACGCUGACUGGCGCAUUGUUCCAGCGACCGCCGCUGAUUGCUGCUGUUAAACGUCAGUUGAGAGUUCGAACGGUCUACGAGAGCAAACUGAUCGAAUAUGAUCCUGAGAGGAGACUGGGUAUCUUCUGGGUGAGCUGUGAAGCCGGAACAUAUAUCCGGACUCUGUGUGUCCACCUGGGUCUGAUGCUUGGGGUCGGAGGUCAGAUGCAGGAGCUGAGGAGAGUCCGGUCCGGCGUGCUGGGAGAGAAGGACCACAUGGUGACGAUGCACGACGUUCUGGACGCACAGUGGCAGUUUGAUCACAACAAAGAUGAGACGUAUCUGAGGAGAGUCAUCUUCCCUCUGGAGAAACUGCUGGUGUCUCACAAACGGCUGGUGAUGAAGGACAGCGCUGUGAACGCCAUCUGUUACGGUGCAAAGAUCAUGCUGCCAGGUGUCCUCAGGUAUGAAGACGGCAUCGAGAUGAACCAGGAUAUCGUCGUUAUAACGACAAAGGGCGAGGCCAUCUGUACAGCUGUCGCUCUGAUGACCACAGCUGUGAUAUCCACGUGUGAUCACGGCGUCGUGGCGAAGAUCAAGAGGGUGAUCAUGGAGAGAGACACAUAUCCUCGGAAGUGGGGUCUGGGACCGAAGGCGAGUCAGAAGAAGAUGAUGAUUCAGAAAGGACUCCUCGACAAACACGGGAAACCAAACGGCAGCACGCCCAACGAGUGGAAAACCGAAUACGUCGACUACAGCAUCUCCCAGGUAACAGAGGAGCCAUCUGAAACUCCAGCAAAGAGGAAGAGGGAGGCGACAGAAAGUGACGGUGAAGUCGCGGCGGCACCCAGCACGCCCUCUGCAGAGGACGUGAAGAAAGAGAAGAAGAAGAAAAAGAAAGAGAAGAGGAUAAAGCUGGAGGAGGAAGAAGCGGGGGCUGACGAAGCAGCGGCGGAGCCUGACACAGAGGUUGUUGAAAGUGCCAAAAAGAAGAAGAAGAAAAAGAAACAGAAAGACGGCGAUGCGUCAGAGUGAUGACUGUGGAUCAGCAGGUGAACAGACACUGAGACUCCGCCCAUUCUCUCACCUGUCUGAAUGCAAAGCAUUCUGGGAGUUUUACAAUAAUGGACUGCAUGAAUGCAGAAAGAAAAGAGGACGAUUUUGUUUUUUAUAUAAAUUUUGUUUUUUUUUGUUUUUUUCAGCUGUAAAUACCUGAACAGAAGUCUGUUUGUAAUUUCCAAAAUAAAAGUCUUUGUUUUCUGUA